GCCGCGGAUCAUGGAGCAUCUAAAGGCCUUUGAUGAUGAAAUCAAUGCUUUUUUGGACAAUAUGUUUGGACCUCGGGGAUAGAAACCAAACUCCUCACCGUGGACCAUGUUCCCUGUACUGUCCAGUCCGACAGUCCGAGCUCCUCUGCCUCACUCCCUGGACGCCUCUUACGCCCUCAGAUACGAUGCUCGAGUCAGAGGCUGGUUCAUGUUGGACUCCUACCUUCCUACCUUUCUUCUCACUGUCUUGUAUCUGCUUUCGAUAUGGCUGGGCAACAAAUACAUGAAGAACAGACUGGCCCUUCCCCUCAGGGGCGUCCUCACCUUGUACAACCUUGGAAUCACACUGCUCUCCGCGUACAUGCUGGUGGAGCUUAUCCUCUCCAGCUGGGAGGGAGGCUACAACUUGCAGUGUCAGGCUCUUACCAGCGCAGGGGAGGCCGAUAUCCGGGUAGCCAGGGUGCUGUGGUGGUACUACUUCUCCAAGUUAAUUGAGUUCCUGGACACGAUUUUCUUUGUGUUGCGGAAAAAAACCAGUCAGAUUACCUUUCUUCACGUCUACCAUCACGCCUCUAUGUUUAAUAUCUGGUGGUGCGUUCUGAACUGGAUACCUUGUGGGCAAAGCUUCUUUGGACCCACGCUGAACAGUUUCAUCCACAUUCUAAUGUACUCCUACUACGGCCUCUCUGUGUUUCCAUCCAUGCACAAGUACCUCUGGUGGAAGAAGUACCUCACGCAGGCCCAGCUGGUGCAGUUCGUGCUCACCAUCACGCACACCAUGAGCGCCGUCGUCAGACCCUGCGGCUUCCCCUUGGGCUGCCUCAUCUUUCAGUCCUCUUACAUGCUCACCCUGGUCAUCCUGUUCUUAAACUUCUACGUUCAGACGUACCGAAAAAAGCCAGUGAAGAAAGACAUGGAGGAGCCACCUGCAGGGAAAGAAGUUAAGAAUGGUUUUUCCAAAGCCUACUUGACUGCAACAAACGGAGUAAUAAACAAGAAAGCACAAUAAAUGUUGAGUAAGAAAGCACAUGAGCCUAACAGAUUCGCUUGUUUUAAAGCAAAGACUGAAAUGAAAGUUAUAUAUAUAUAUACAUAUAUAUAUAUGUUUUAGCAUAAACUAAUUUCUUUUUGAGUUUAUAAAUCAUUUGUAUC